AUAAUGAAGAUAUCAAUCUUUCAACAGAGUUGCACAAAAAGUGUCCAAUUAUUCACGCACGGUAGUGUACACUCCACGCACUUUAAAUCAUCCACUAAUUGAGAACUACUAUUAAUAAUAAUCCCCUCUUGGCAACUACUAAAACUGCUCUUCUAACUCCACCAUAAUUUGUUUGGAAACGUUCGACCAUUCACUCACUGCAAUCUUUCACCGGCCAGUCGUUCCCUUCAGCUAGAUCCACGGAUUAUCGAUCGAGAGAGAAAGGAAGCCAACUGCACGGAACUGCAUACACGCUGCACCUCAACUUUAAUCCGCGGCGCGUUCCUAACGGUGAAAGAAUCCUCGCUUUUUCUCGUCAUUGAUUCGGCUACGCAGGCGAGUAUGCGUGCGUGGCCUGCGUGCUUUCGACGCUCUGCGAUUCGACCAGUGAACAGCGUGAUGCCGAGCCGAGCAUUUCGUCGCGAGCGUUUACCUUUUUCGUUUUCCGUUCGUCCUGCUGCUGCUCGGCUCGUCGUCUGGUAAAAGUUUCAGUUUGCGGACAAAUUCCAACCGCGAUAACGUUGCACAAAAAGCCGGAUAUCGCUAAAGGCUGUUCUACUAGUGAAACGUGACUGCAACACGAGACGCUACUAGCAUGUUUACGCAAACGACUAUAUCUGUUAUUCAGUGAAACGUAGUGCGGACCUCGUGGGUAUUUUUCUCGUGGACAUUUCGUUUGAAGAGAUCGUAUUAAUUAGCCCAAAAGAGGAACCACUGUAUCAAUAUCGUCGUAGCUAAAGGGAAUAUCUAGAAGAAAGGGAAGAAGAAGAAAAAGAUAAUGGAGAUUUUCGGAGUCAAAUUUGCACCUUUGAACGUUCCGUUAAAGCGAAGACUGGAAACGCUUUCAGCCGCAGUAUGUAUCGUAUUCUUCGCCUUUGGAAACUUCUGCGGAUACAUUCUCACCGCGUAUUUUCUUUUCUUCACGGAGACCAUGCGUUACUUUAUAUUACUUUACUUCGUCUGGAUGUAUUACGAUUGGAACAAGACCGAUGUGGGGUGUAAACGGCGAAAACUGUUGAACUGGAUGAGAAAUUGUGCCUGGCAGCGAUACUUCUGCAGCUACUUCCCAAUAAAAUUAAUAAAAACCGUCGACUUGGACCCGAACAAGUUGUAUUUGUUCUGCAAUUUCCCGCAUGGGAUUUUAUCAUCGGGGGUUUAUGGUGCUUUCGGGACAGACGCCGCCGGUUGCAAAGAAUUGUUUCCGGGGAUCGAGAUCAAAGUCGUUAUAUUGGACCAACACUUCAGGGCACCGUUUUUCCGAGAGUACUGUCGCAUCAAUUGUGUCGUCAGUAGUACAUCAGAAAGUCUGAACCAACAACUAUCGAUGGAACCUGCGGCUCCAUACACCGGAAGAGCAACAGUUCUGAUCGUCGGUGGAGCAGCGGAAGCAAUGGAAUGCAAGCCAGGCACUUAUCGUAUCUUAAUAAAAAGGAGGAAAGGCUUCGUAAAGCUCGCGCUGAAAAAUGGCGCUCCCUUAGUUCCUGUCUGUUCGUUCGGAGAAACAAACCUGUUUGACCAAGUGUCCUUUCCGGAGGGCUCGUUUAUGAACAAACUGCAGAACUAUAUUCGAAAGAAAAUCGGUAUAGCGCCGGUUAUACCGAUAGGCCGGGGAUUCUUCCAGUAUACUUUCGGUAUCAUUCCACGGCGAACACCAAUCACUGUCGUUGUCGGUAGUCCAAUGGAAUUACCCAAGAUAGAAGAACCAACCGUAGAACAGAUUGACGAAUAUCAUGGGAAAUUUAUCGAGCACGUGGUAGACUUUUUUGAGAAGGAAAAGCACAAGUACGUCGAAAACGCGGAUUCAGUUCACCUGGAGUUCGUAUAGUGAUCAACACGGUUGCCAAUAAUUUGUUAAUGGAUCCUCACAGUGGUUGUUCAAUGGACCAAGAAAUUGCUCAAUUGUAAAUCGUCGAUGUUCCAAAUGACUUUUGUGGUGUGAGAGUGCCGCGAAUGUAGGAAAUAUGCCGCCUUUUAGGCGACAUAUUUUAGCAAGCUCGUCAAUUAAGUAUAUUUUAAGACGUUUCCAUAGAAAAGAACCAAUAGAGUUCAUCGUGUAUAAGGAUUUAAGGACAGACGAAGCAAUAAAUUCCAAGAGCUUUAAUGAUUUGUAUAUAUAUAUAUAUAUAUAUAUAUAUAUAUAUAUAUUUGUUUAGUAUGUCCAGUUUAAAUAUAUCUUCAUUCUCUGUUUCUUCACAAUAUGAACAAUCUUCUUGUUUAAUACUUGAUUUGGUGGAUUUAAUACUUUGGAAAGUUUCCAAAAUUUUUUUAAUCUGCUAACUUAUUAACUCGACAAUUUUUGAUAUUAUGAUCGUUAAGUACUACAGACUAUGCCUUUACUAUUGUUUGAUUAGAUCAAGAAUUCUUUAUUGUUGAUAUAUAAAUGUGUGUAAGCAAUUGCGUGAAUUUAACUUUUACUCGACAUAUGUACGUAGACAAUAAUGUAAUGAAUAUAUAUAUAAACAUACACGUGUAACGUAUGUUAUAUGUAAAACCUCUACAAUAGUUGCAUAGGUUUCAACGUUUCUAGAACUGGACAAUUAAUAGAUAGAAAAGCAAUAACGUUUCAAGCAUGUAUUCAAGCUGGACAUACUCCAUUGAUGCACCUAUGUAUGUACAUACUAUAUAUAUAAGUACAUCUGCGAGACAGAAUCGCUGUUAAGAAUAGUGAUUUCGUAGAUCGCGUCAAUUAAUCCACGUCUCGAGCGUUGUUUGACUCUUGUAAAGGCUGAGGUCAAAUGAAAAAUUGUCAAACAAUGAUGGCCCCGCCAAAAACAUUGAAUAAAACACUGAUUUUAA